AUGUAUGGAACUUCACUCUCUGAUGACAGCUCUGUUCUGGAGUACACCCCGUAUUCGGAGGGGUCUCUGGAAGGUGGCGUAGAGGCUGCUCUGCAAGCUGGUUGGAUCGCCUGGUACUCUGGAUCCCAGACGAACUUCAACACCGUUGGAGGUGAAUCAGCGGCUGGCGAUUCAUAUCAUAUCACUUCUUUCCCGGGAGCUAGCGUGGAGUUGCAGUUCUACGGUACUGGCGUUUCCCUGUACGGAUUUGCGAACUGCUCGUAUCAGGCCACCAUCGAUAGUGGCGGCGUGCGCCAGUAUUCUCCUGAAGACAAUUUGGACAAAUUGCUCUUUACCACAGGCACUGACAGCCUCACGCCGGGUACUCACUUCGUCAACUUGACUGCCUUACCGAAUCCCAACAGCACUCAACAGCUAUCGUUCGACAACGCCGUAGUGUCUGAUGCGACACUCGCCCAGGAGCCCAUUCCUGUAGUAUACAAUAAUUCUGACUACGAGGUCCUGCAAUAUGACGGGACGUGGACAGUCCCAACAGUGGUUGCCGGGAUUCCUAAUACUUCAGAUCCAUCCCCAUUUCACCAGACUGUUCAGUACGGGUCAUCCGUGUCCAUGAACUUCACGGGUGCGUCCGCGGUGAUCGUCAAAGGUCCGAGGAACUGGGGUCAUGCGGGCUACAAUGUGUCCUUGGAUGGAAUCAACAGCCAAUACAAUGCAAGCAGUUAUUGGCUGAUCGGAGAUUCGUUGUUAUUCUACCAAAGAGGUCUGGACGUCAAUGAGACCCAUUACCUCGACGUGAUCGACACGUCCCCCAACGGCGACAAGUUCAUCCUGAACUACAUCACGGUCUUUAAUAAGAACACGAUCGAACCAAGUUCCAACUUCUCCGUCAAAAAGAGCGUCAACGCAGGAGUCAUUGUUGGUCCUGUGGUGGCGGGAGUUGUCGUUCUCGUGCUAUUGGCGUUGAUUGUGAUGCGCCACCGGAGGCGCAAAAUACGCCCUGAAGAUCAUAUCACCCCAUAUCCUUGGUGGCAGAAUUUCAGAGAACUUCGCCACUUAAGACGCACACACGCGGAUCCUCCAAUGGUUUUCCUGGGUUCAGUGAGGGAGAAAGGCAGCCUCUCACAGCUUCAAAAUACGAGACCAUCUACCCAUGUCACGCCUGUCCCUCCCUCACCUAGCCCGAGGAGCAGUUCCACCGCAGUUAGACCAACAAACUCCGGCGCUGCUUCUCAUUCUGGUUCAGAUGUACUCCAUAUUGCGCCACCUCGUCCAUUGCCUGUUCCAACAACAUCACGUCCUACCCCUCUCCUUCCUGCUGUGGCGCAACCACAACCGCAACAACCUGUGCUGGAUGUCAACAGCAUCAUCGAGUUGAUUGCACAGAGAAUUGACAGACCGCAUCCGGCAUCGGAUCGCGAUUCUAUGCCUCCGAGCCACCCUUCAUAG